AUGGCAUCGCAAGGGACGGGGUACGACCUGUCUGCGAGUACCUACUCGCCUGACGGCCGUAUUUUUCAAAUUGAAUAUGCUGCGAAAGCAGUUGAGAAUGCAGGGACAGCAAUCGCGGUGCGCACAAAAGACGGUGUCGUGUUUGGCGUAGAGAAUCUAAUCCACUCCAAGCUGUUGGUCCCUGGCUCCAACAAGCGCGUGUACACGGUGGACAGCCAUAUUGGAAUGAUCUCGGCGGGUCUUACCGCGGACGGCAAGCAUCUCGCAGGCCGCGCAAAAGAGGAGGCGACGAAUUAUUACGACACCUAUAAGCACAAGGCACCCGUUCGGAAUGUUGCUGAGCGCACCGCAUUCUAUGUCCAAGCGUUCACGCUCUACUCCUCCGUGCGUCCGUUUGGCGCCGCUUCGAUCGUUGGCGGCGUCGACGAGGAGCGCGGGCCGCAAUUAUACGUGAUUGAGCCUUCGGGCGUCUUUUUGGGCUACCACGGGUGUGCGGUUGGCAAAGGUAAGCAGUUUGCCAAGACGGAAAUUGAAAAACUUGCGCUCGACGAGCUCAGCAUGACGCAAGCGGCCGAGGAAGUCGCGAAAAUCAUUUACAAAGCACAUGACGACGCUAAAGACAAAGACUUUGAGCUGGAGCUUUCUUGGGUCGGUCCCGCGUCGGACAUGAAGCACAGACCCGUGCCCGCACAGAUCAAAGAAGAGGCCGUGCGCAAGGCACUCGCGGCACUCGACGAAGAGAUGGAAGACUAG